UUCGGUGCGUAUGCGCAGGGUCCGCGGAAUAAUACCCGCGCUCUUUCAAAUACGUUACGCCGACUCGUAUACCGCAAUUUAACACCCCUUGAGUGGAACACUGAUUAUGUUGUGAUGUUAUCUGACUUAAUGAAUGUGGACAUGUGUGGUGAUUUACGUGGAUGACGGUGCGCAGUGAUCGCCUCUGGCUGAGCACAAUGAGCGAGCUGAAUUGGCACAAAUGGCUAGUGUUGUCGGUACUCGGAUUGGCUUUGUCCGCCUGGCCAAUUGCCUGCGAUUACAGUUCCAUCACUGAGAAAUUUGGAACGGAAGCUGUCGCUCGAUGCUAUGAAAAAUGUCCAUUUCAGAAUCGAACUGGCGAAGGACAUUUUGAUGUCAAUUGUGGUUCCGUGUGCAGUGUUCAGCAGUGUACAUUAGGAUGCAGCCUUUGGCGGGAAGGACUAGAAAAGUCAUGUCAAACUAUUUGCAAUGUCACAUCAGAAACUUCUAUUUCCCGCGAACUCUACUGUGUAAUGGGGUGCAAUGAGGCUCUCAAUACGUACUUUCAAAAACUGAGAGAGUUAAUAGGUACGCCGCCCGCCCCGGCGCUGGUAGCGGAUAGCCUGACCGCUACGUCCCUGUCCCUGGUGUGGGAAGCGCCCACCCCCGGGAACCUGAGUUUCCUACUACAAUGGCGCUAUGAAGAGCUGCCAGGCUCGUGGCAGUAUUACUCCAACACCAGCCACAUGGGCACCACUAUACAUGUCGACAAUUUACAGCCCUAUACUAAAUACAGAUUUCGGAUAGCAAUAUUCCUGUCAGGUCGUGGUGGAACCAGUGAACCAUUUUACUCUGCCCCUUCAGUGGUAAUUUCCACCCUUGAGAGCGGGAAGCCGAGUUCUAAGCCAUCGUCUUUGCGGGCCGCUGCGCCCGAUCCUAGUAGAGUGUCGAUAUCUUGGGAGCCCGGACCGUUUCCCAAUGGACCGCUUGUGUCUUAUGUACUGCGACUUACGGAUACUCAGCCUAACACCAUCGACGCUUUGGAGGAUAUGCCAGCAUCAAAUAACACCUUAUUCUACAUGUUCCAAAACUUGGCGCCGGCUCGCGAGUAUGAAGUUUCGGUGUCGAUGAGAAAUGCAGCCGGCGAAGGACCGCCUACUUCCGUCAGAGUAUCCACACCGCCUUUACCUAAAUCUGUUCCUAGUCAACAACCUAUUCUUAUUUUGGGAGGUGAACAAAAUGUUUUAGCAGCACCGGCAAAUGAUAUGCUUUCUGAUCCUGUGGAAUUAUACAGCACUGAAUUCAGGAUUUCUGGUGUCGGCCUCGAUAUGUCCAGCGAUUCUUUAUUUGUAUCUGUGUCGAAUGGUUAUGUCUACCGUACCUCACUAUCUAAGAAGAGCGCUUCUGAACCUAUACUGACGCCGAACAAUAUAUCAUUUACUCCACUAGACCUUUCAGUGGAUUGGCUAAACCAUCAUUUGUAUGUGCUAGGCCGUUUGCACCAUACACCUGAUGGAUUGAACGACUCGUAUUCCAUAUGGGAAAUUAUAAGAUGUGAUUUCGACGGGAGGAAUCAGUUAGUCGCCUAUUCUGGGUUUAACUCUCAACCUAUACAUUUCGAAGUAGAUCCUUACAAUGGCUACAUAUUCUGGGCUCUUCGAGGGGGAGAUCGCGACGGUUUGUAUCGCCUCGACCUGGCAAACAUUUCUAAUGGCGUACGUCACAAUUCUCCUCCUGAGCUGAUAGUGAGAGACGCCCAUCUGGGAGCAUUCACUGUGGACCACGCAGACUUCAGGCUGCUGGUGGUCCAUCUCAAGAGGAAUACAGUGCUGGCUGUCUCUCUUGAUGGUCGUGACGUCACUGACUUCCGAAGCAACACUCAAAAACCCAUGUUUCUCUCGACAAAAUCCAUAGCAUACGCCAACGGCCUCUUCUACUGGACUAAUGGAAGGGAAAUGCUGACUGAAGAAUACCACGCUCAGACCGACAGUUACUUCCACAACGAAUAUCCGCUGGCGUUUAAUACGAAAACGAUAGCUACAAGACAGGUUCUAGUCGCUCUCAGGAGUUGUCAACCCAUCCCAGUGCCAGUGAACCCUCCCAUCGGCCUGCAGAGCGUGCUGGGCAUCAACCGCGCCAAGGUCUCGUGGUCGGCGCCCCACCUGCUGGGCCACCAGGGCAGCGGCGCGUGGCAGCAGUGGAGCUUCCACUUGCAACUGAUACAUGCGGUCACUCGGGAUGUUAUCGAUAUCAAAAAUAUAAAUGAAUCUACCCACAUUGUGGACAAUAUUGAACAAGAUACUGAAUACAUAAUCAGAGUAGCGGCUGUCACGAAAUCUGGAUCUGGCCCCUGGUCAUCAGAAUUUGUGGGAAAGACCCUGGCGUCUACGCCCACCACUUUGCACAGCACAUUGCUGUGGUCAGGCCCUGAUGGACUACUGCAGACUGAUUUGACUGGCGAUAACUUACAAACUUUGAUACACGGUUCACAUUUCCGGCUAAAGAACUAUCACAUCACCGACAUAUCCUGGUACCGUGACAAACUUUACCUAGUAACGAAUGCGUCGACUGUCAUGUGGUAUAAUACGACCGACCACACGAUGGGCCCGAUGACGAAUAUGGACAAUGUGGGGAGCUUGGCGGUGGACUGGGUCGGGAAGAAGAUUUACUGGUCCAAUCCUAAGCAGCAAUUGAUAACAAGAGGCAAUUUCGACGGCACCAAUCGCGAGCCAGUGCCCAUAGUGACCGUAGCAAAGGAGUUGACCAUAGACUCGCUGGGGGCUUACAUCUACUGGAACACGGGCCACGCCGUCGAGGCCGCCAGGCUCAAUGGAGAGAACAAGAUGGUGUACUAUCCUGCGCAGUUGUUUAGCGGGAAACAAGUAAUGGGUCUUACGACUGAUUUGGAGAACAAAUGGCUAUACUGGUUAGUCAGAAGUUACGACGGUUCUGAAUUGCAUAGAGCACCCACCGCGGAUCAGUUCACACAGAGUAUUACUGAGGUGUCCGGUUCCUUAAUAACGAACUUGGCAGGCACGGCCACUUUAGGCCCGCUAUGCUACUUCAGCGGUCGACUGGUGUGGGUGCAGGAUGCCUCCCGUGCGGUCGUGUCAGAUCUGCAGGGGAAGUAUACUGCGGAACUGGUGCCCAGGGUACACGUUAUUGCUGUGAGGGACCCCACGCUACACGCGGACAGUGAAUCUCUGAUAGCGAUCCCGGAAACGAUCAACGGUUCGACAAUAGCGGUCGCUGGCAAGUGGGACCGGUUCAACGUGACGUGGGCGCCGGCCUCGCUCGUCAACGUCAACAAUAGCAAAGUGUUGUACGACGUCAGUUUGGACUUCGAUGGACAACACAAAAUUGAGAGAACCGUAGACGUGCCGUGGAUAGAGGUGACAUCGCCCGUGCCGGCGUACAGCCCGCUGGAGAUCGCCGUGCGCGCGCACUCGCCGUGGGGCGGCGGCGCGCCCGCCAGCGCGCGGCGCCGCUCGCCGCAGCACGUGCCCGCCGCGCCCGCGCGCCCCCGCCUCUAUGUGCAGCCAGAACGCAGCUCCGGGAGCCCGACGGCGAUCUUCCGCUGGGACCCCCCGCGGCGCAGCAACGGCGUGCUGGCGGGCUACACGGUGCAGUGCUGGGCGCGCGGCCCCGCCCGCCGCUCGGCCUGCGCGGACGCCGCGCUGUCGCCGGCGCACACGCAGCUGCUGCUCAGCCAGCUCGAGCCCAGGAACACUUACUACUUCCAGGUUCGAGCUUACACCGACGCAGGUUUCGGCCCAUACUCCGAAGUUGUAUCGGCGUCAUCCGACGAAAUAAACCCCGUUCCUAAAGUCAUGAUGUCCUUACAAGAAUCCAUUAAGAUAAUAGAUCUAGACUCUAAUGACGUCGAAACUAUACCAAAAAGUACCGGGAUACCUAUAGAUUUUAGUGUCUCAAUUGAGGAAAAUAUAGUGUAUUGGGUCAACGACUUGGACGAAAUAUUUUCGUCUAGAAUCAAUGGCAGUGGACAUUACAAGUUGACCUCAAUAAAUUCGAAAGCGACCAGUAUCGCAGUGGACUGGGUAGGUCGGUCGGUGUACUGGUCGCAAAUGGAGAACUCUGAAGUGGUGGUGUACCGGACAGCCCUGGGCAUCCCCAACUCUCGGCCCAACAUCACGCGCCUCUUCGCUAGGAAACAGAGGAUUUACAGCUUGCAAGUAGUCCCGAUGCACAGGUCCCUUUUUUGGUACGAGGAAAGUAAACAUCCAGGAUUUGGAACCCUGAUGACUUCAAGCAUUAACGGUUCCAGCAUACGAACUUUCUUCAGUAAUACUUCUAGUCAAGAGGACUGCAAUUGCCCUGAAAAUCCACACAUCGCACCGCCGUUUACUAUCGACAUGACUAAGAAACCAUACGAGAUAUACUGGGUGGAUCCGUGGCAACACCACAUAGUCGCUACAGACAUGACAGCUUGCAAAUGCAGAAAAAGCGUUGUCGCAACCGAAAAAAGCAAAUACGGUUUCACUCCAAUGUCUAUAACCGUCGACAGCAAAUACAUUUACUGGUUCAAUUCAACAGACAAAGAAAUAUUUUACACGAACAAACACAAAAAGAGUAAAGUGGAACAAGUGAAAACUUCUUAUGGAUACAAGAUAAUGUCUUUGGACUCGGCCAAUCAGCCGUAUCCUCCUCGACAAUGCUUGUUUCCACACGCGAACGACCUUCAUCCGACACUAAUGUCUCAUUCGGCAAACAGUUUAACUCUAAAAUUACCAUCUGUAGGUAAACCAAAGCCUUGUUCUCAUUUAGAAUACGAAAUGGCCACUGCGGAAUACACGAUAUUUUACCGUAAGCAAUCUCCAACUGAUUUUGGUGUGUGCACCAAAGAAACUUGUCCUUACAUAUCGACGACCAGUUCUGAAGUGACCAUCAAUGACUUGAAACCGUUUACAAACUACACAGUGAUGUUACAUACUACAAAUUAUUAUGCUAAACUUCAUGAAGUUAAACCGAUCAUUGGUGCUCCGUUGGUAUUGCAGACUGAUGCCGAAGCUCCAUCAGCUCCCACCAACGUGACGGGCACAGUGCUGAGCCCGGUGCUGGCGCGGGUCACGUGGGCGGCCGCGCCCGGGGUCCGCUACGAGCUGCACUGGCGCACUGAUGACUCGCCCACUCUUACGCACAGGCUGAAGGAGCACAACACGCUAAUCGCUGAAGCGGGCGCAUCAUCUGCUACAAUGGCGCGUUUAUCCCCUAGCAGUACAUAUACCGUGUGGGUUCGAGCCCGGGGCCCGCAUUCGGCACAGAGCGCAGACUCCAACACAAUUUCCCUAAGGACGUUCCCUGCUCCGGCGCCACUUCUCCUACACAACGCGACCGCCUACACGCUUCUUGUUUUGUGGCCGCCGCCUACUUCAUACAAAGUACACAGAUAUACAAUGGAAUUCACGGAAGCGGUAACAUCGCUAGGCGUUUGGAGAGCGUGCAAUGUUACAAGCGAUAGCGGAUGGCAGGCCGGCGGGUUGUCUCCGAAAACCCGCUAUCGCUUCCGCCUCCGUCUGUGGUACAUACCCGACGGGCCCGCGUACGAGUGGCCGCAUGAUGACAGAUUCACAUAUGAGACUUUGGGCGACGUGCCCGGGCCGCCCGGCGCGCUGAGCGUGGAGGCGCUGGGCGAGCGCGUGCUGCGCGCGUGGUGGGCCGAGCCCGACAGCCGCGGGGACCCCGUGCUGGCCUACCGCGUGUGGGGCCGCCCCAAACUCAGAUCAAACUACAUCAAUGAUACUACAACAUUGAACGAAGUACCGGAAGAUCUUCCAUCGGAUCUUCCCGAUGAUAUAAAAAUGGAAAUCAUACGCGAAGGCCUGGAUUUGCUUCACAAUGGAACAGAGUCGUACUGGCUGCUGGGCGCGGGCGAGGUGUCCCCGGGCUACGAGACGCGCGUGCAGGCGCGCAACGUGCACGGCUGGGGCGCGCUGUCGGCGUGGGCGCCGCUGGCCGCGCCGCUCGCCGCGCCGCGCCCGCCGCCCGCCGCGCUCGCCGCGGCGCUGGCUGCUCUGGCCGCGCUGCUGUUCGCUGUGGCCGCUGCUGUGUUCUACACAUACAACAACCGAACUAAGAAAAAGGCGGCCGUCGAGAACCAAACUACCAUCGCCGCUAGACGAGGCCCUGACGUGGAACUGGCUACUUUACGGCAACUGCCCAUCAGACACUCUACCAACAUUCUCUAUAACCAGGGCGUCGUAUACAGCCCGACAAACUCGGAAUUGUCUGAGUUACCCCACAUCCGACGGGAACAGAUCACUUUGACCAAGUUCCUGGGCUCUGGGGCCUUCGGGGAGGUGUUCGAGGGGGUCGCUAGGCAGAUCAACGGCACGACCGCUGAUACUAAAGUGGCCGUCAAGACUUUACGUAAAGGCGCCACAGAACAAGAGAAAAACGAGUUCCUGAAGGAAGCCGCUCUGAUGUCCAACUUUAAACACGAGCACAUCCUGCGACUUCUGGGCGUCUGUUUGGACAAUGACCCCAAUUACAUCAUCAUGGAACUCAUGCAGGGAGGCGACCUUCUCAGCUACUUGAGGACCAAGCGAACUUCACUGUACACGCCCGAAUCCUUAACCCUACUGGACCUGUUCAACAUGUGUGUGGACGUGACCAAAGGAUGCAGAUAUCUGGAAGAAAUGCAUUUUGUCCACCGAGACCUGGCCGCGAGGAACUGCCUCGUGGCUCCCAGGGGAAACGGCCGUAUCGUCAAGAUUGGAGACUUUGGACUAGCUAGAGAUAUUUACAAGAAUGACUACUAUAGGAAGGAGGGGGAAGGUCUGCUGCCAGUGCGGUGGAUGGCGGUGGAGUGCCUGGUGGACGGCGUGUUCUCGUGCCAGUCCGACGUGUGGGCGUGGGGAGUGCUGUGCUGGGAGAUCCUGUCGCUGGGCCAGCAGCCGUACCCGGCGCGCACCAACCGGCAGGUGCUGGCGUUCGUGCGCGCGGGCGGCACGCCCGACCGCCCGCCCAACUGUCCCGCCGCUUUCUACGACCUCCUGCGUCAGUGCUGGAGCUACUCGGCGGAGGCGCGGCCGUCGUUCCGCGAGUGCCUGGCGCUGGUGACGGCGCUGCGCGAGCGCACGCCGCCCGCGCGCGCGCUGGCCGCCUGCGCCGCGCCCGCGCCGCCGCACUACCUCACGCUGCUCGGAGACGACGCCGUCGACAACCGCACCUACCUGCUGGACGAGAAUGACAACGCCUGUUUAGACGAAGAUUUCCCCGAGAAUCAGAUGGAGCCAUCGCGUUUGCUUCCCGAGCGGACGCCCAAGUAUUUGGAGCUGACGUACGACAGCGACUCCGGGCCCGGGAGCACUAUCUGCGACGGCUACGAGAUACCAAGGGCGCCGAUGUCGUACGCACCUUUCUCCAGACACAGCAUAGUGGGUGUAGCGCCCAACAGACUGAUAAAGCCGCCACUUUACCGCACGCACUCGCUUCGAACGAGUACUCGUCCUCCCAACGCGACUAUAAUUCCCCUUAGAAACGGGAUCGUAAAACGAGCGUCCUUGUGCGAAUCCCGAGGAGGACUAUUCUCUGGCGCGCCCGCUGUACCACAGCCCACGCUCGACUCCGAACUAGUUAACACUACCUUCUAAACUGUGAUAAUAUUGUAUAGAUUCGUGCUAUUCCACCGAACUGUAAUUGAUCGUAUUGUAAUAUUAUUUAUUUUAUUGUGUAAUAAUGUAAAUAGCUGUGAUGUUGUACAUAUUAGAGUAAGUGAAACGCCUAUACGGAAUUAUGAAACUUAGAUUUGAAAUGUUAUUACCUAUGCAUUUAUAAAUUAUUCCAUGUACAUUUCGCCCAGACUGAUGUAUAUCCAUUAAAUUUUGGUAAAAUGGAAUAAAAUCUUUUUAUAUAAGAUAUUAAUGUUUAUUAUUUAAUUUUAAAUAAGAGUGGAGAGUGGGAAAGACCCGUAUUUCAG